AUGUCUGCCGGUACCCUGUACUCUUCCGCCGCCAACCCCCGCGCCCUCAAGGCCCUGAUCGCGGCCAAGUAUGUCGGCAAGACCGUCGACCAGCCUGCCUUCAACUUCCCUGCUGAUCUGCAGACCGACGAGAUGAAGGAGCUCUUCCCCAUGGCCAAGAUGCCCGUCUUCAAGACCCCCUGCGGCAAGCCCCUCUUCGAGUCCAACGCCAUUGCCUUCUACCUGGCCGCCCAGGACGAGUCCGUCGGCCUGCUCGGUGCCACCGCCUACGAGAAGGGCCUCGUCCAGACCUUCAUGUCCUUCGCUGACAACGAGAUCGUCGGCCACCUCGCCACUCUCCUGUACCCGAUCUUCGGCAUCCGCGCCUACGACAAGGACGCCCACAACGCCGCUGCCUCCGGUCUGCGCCGCUCCCUCAACGCCCUCGAGAAGUGGCUCACCACCCGCACCUACCUCGCCUCCGAGCAGGUCACCCUUGCCGAUAUUGUCCUGUUCUGCACUCUGCUGCCCCUGUACAAGAUGUACCUCGACACCAUCACCCGCGCUCCCUUCGUCAACCUCAACCGCUGGUUCAACACCAUCCUCAACCAGCCCAACCCUACGGUCCCGGACAUGCGGGUGGACGUCCGACCGCGGGCAGAAAACCUGCCGCCGGAGGUCGGGGUUCGACAGGCUGCGGGCCCCUCGCGUAUCCCGGGCUCCGGCUCCGCGCAUUCACCCCCGCCCACCCGCGCCAAGCCCCACAUGCACGCGCGCCAGGAGUGA